AUGUCUACUACGUUUAAAAUUGUUGUUUUUGGCGGAGAUUACGCCGGGCCAGAGGUCAUGUCUGAGGGGCUCAAGGUGCUUCACCAAGUCGCCCUCCGCCACCCCGAAAUCAAGUUCAACCUGACGCAUCAUCCCAUAGGCGGAACAUCCUUCGAUCUCCACGGAAAGCCGAUACUUGCCGAAGCUCUCCAAGAUGCAAAGGAGGCCGAUGCAAUCCUGCUAGGCGCAGUCGGUGGCCCUAAAUGGGCUGGACAGGUCCCUUCCGUUGAAGCCGCGAGUCUGGGGACCCUGCGCCGCGAACUGGAUGCGUUCGGCAACCUGCGUCCGAUCAACUUUCCUGCCCCGUCCCUAGUCGACACGUCGCCAAUGAAGGCCGACAUUUGCAGAGGCACUGACAUCCUCAUCGUCCGAGAGCUGACUGGUGGCAUAUACUUUGGGCACCGAGAGCGUGGAGACCGCAUCGCCAAGGAUACGGACCAGUACACGUAUGAAGAGGUAGCGAGAGCAGCGCGCCUGGCGGGCAAUCUGGCAAGACUGUCAAGCCCGCCAAAGCCCGUCAUCAGUCUCGACAAGGCGAAUGUCCUGGCGGCGUGCGGUAGCUUCUGGCGUCGCGUCGUCACCGAAGUUCUCAGCGAGGAGUUUCCCGAUGUUCGUUUUGAGCACCAGCUCGUGGACAGCGCUGCCAUGACUCUGGCCUGCAACCCGACGAAGCUCAACGGCAUUGUUCUGACGAGCAAUCUGUUUGGUGACAUCAUUAGUGAUCAAGGGAGCGCCAUAGCCGGUAGCAUUGGCCUCCUCCCUAGCGCUAGCUUGCGAGGCAUCCCGCCGCAGGCUGGCAGCAGCAUGAUCAAGGGUCUAUAUGAACCCGUCCAUGGCUCUGCGCCGGAUAUCGCCGGUAAAGGGUUGGUAAAUCCUGUUGGAAUGAUCCUCUCUGUUGCCAUGAUGUUCCGCUAUUCUCUCAACAUGCCCGAGGCUUCUGAUCUAAUUUGCAAGGCUGUAAGCGAUGCCAUUGAGUCUGGCGUGCGGACUUCGGACUUGGGAGGUACUGCGACUACCAGCCAAUUUGGCGAUGCUGUGGUUAAGAUCAUUUCACAACUCCCUUGA